GGGUGUGAAGCCGGUGCAGGACUCGGGCAGACAUGUCAGACAGCACCGGGUGCGAGUUUGAGAUCGACGUGGAGAGUUUGGAGACGGAGAGCGACGACCUGGCGGACUCCUGCAGCCGCCCCGGCUCUGCUCCGCUCGGCCCGGCCGCCUCCGAGUACGACGGGGACGGCGCGAAGGUCGACGAUAGGCCGGGACCCAGCGGCGGCUUGUGCUCCGGAGACCAGAGGAAGUUGAGCCGGACGCCAAAGUGCGCCCGGUGCCGCAACCACGGCGUGGUGUCCUGCCUGAAGGGCCACAAGCGCUUCUGCCGCUGGAGGGACUGCCAGUGCGCAAACUGCCUGCUGGUGGUGGAGCGGCAGCGGGUGAUGGCGGCUCAGGUGGCCCUGAGGAGGCAGCAGGCGACGGAGGAUAAGAAAGGACUAUCUGGGAAACAAAUUCCAGCCGAGAGGAGGACGAUAUAUCAGCGACACAUUCGGCCGUCCACCAUGCUCGCCAAAAGCAUCCUCGAAGGAUACCGUCCGGUGCCGUCUGAUCCGUUCCUGGCGACCAACCCGUCCCUCCCCCCGCCGCUGAGCGAUCGCAUGAGGAAGAGAAGAGCCUUCGCCGACAAGGAGCUGGAAACCAUCAUGCUGGAGCGCGAGUACAAAGAGCGAGAGCUGAUGGAGAACAGCCAGGCGGCCCCUGGAUCGCUGCUCUUCCCCAACAGCAUGGUCCACCACGCCGCAGAGUACAACUCCUACAAGACGGCCUACUCGCCCGCCGCUCAGGUGGAGCCGCAGCCCAAAGAGCUGUGCAGCUUCCUGGGUCCAAACUGCCUGGAUCUGGGCAUGCAGUACCCGUCCGGCUCGGCCAACGUGGAGCUCAUCUCCUCCAACGUCAGCGUGGCGACAACCUACCGCCAUUAUCCGCUGCAGCCGUCCCGAGGCGGCUUCAUGAUGUGGCCCCGUGGCGCCGCCAACCUGGGCGAUGCUCUGCUCUACCAGCAGUGUCUGUUCAAUGCCACGGCGGUGCAGAACAUGAAGCCGGGCGCCGUCUGGGAGCCCAAAGUGAUGCCCGCAGAGAGCCAGCCGCCUGAACAGGAGGCGGCUCUGGCUGCUAAACUGGAGGGAUCCCGAGCCGCCAUGCUGCAGGAUUCUUCGGACCCUCAGCGGGCCGAUCCCAAACCUCUCGGUGCCACACAUGCGGGGCCCAGGGAGUGCUCGGCCUUCUCUCCGCCUAAGAGGAGCUUUGGACAGUCCUUCCCCAGCAACCCACAUUCUCAAAACUCCAGCCAAGUCCAGAACAAGCCGAGCAAGGACAAGCUUUCCAUGAAACUCAACUCCUUUCACUCCCUUAUCCAGCACUCGCUGAGUGAAAAAGCCGGCGGCGGGUCCGGGCCAGAGCUCCGAGCUCCGUACUGCAAAGAGCUCUUAGAGGAGGCCGCCCGCAAGUUCAGGGAGGGCUCUGCCAAGGACAUCCAGGCUGUAAAGAUCACAGACAGAUACGCCAAAGACUUCCUGUCCAAACCUGUGGGGACCAAGAUGGCAUCCAGCGAGUCUUUGUCCUUCUCUGUGGAGGCCAUACUGAAGCGACCGACGCCCGCCAUGAGCCGAGCAUUCCAUUAACGUCCACUAAGUGUCUUUUCUUGCACUAUAAACGUCAGGUUCGUCUCAGAAAGAGAUCAACUCUAGUUGUGGUUUUGGGGUCAAUAUGGAAAAACACAGGCACUGCUUUAGAAAGUAGACCAGUUUGACUUUUUUUUGUUCUCAGUGUAAUAUUUAUGUACAGUAUAUUAUAUUUUCCAUGUGCAUGUUUUAAUAACUUUAUUGUGUAGAGUA